AUGAAGACUACCUGGAAGGAUAUCGCGCCUGUGCCCACCUCUCAGGAAUUUCUCGACAUCGUCCUCUCGAGAACCCAGCGGCGACUCCCUACACAGAUCCGCGCCGGCUUCCAAAUCAGCAGGAUACGGGCGUUCUACACGCGCAAAGUCAAAUACACCGCCGAGACCUUCACAGAAAAGUUCCAAGCGAUCCUAGACUCGUUCCCGAAGCUUGCCGAUAUACACCCUUUCCACAAGGAUCUGCUGAAUACUCUAUACGAUGCGGACCACUUCAGGAUAGCGCUCGGCCAAGUAUCGACGGCAAAACACCUCAUCGAAACAGUCUCACGAGAUUAUGUGCGACUAUUAAAGUACGGACAGUCGCUGUUCCAGUGCAAGCAGCUCAAGCGCGCAGCUCUAGGGCGAAUGGCCACCAUCUGCAAGCGCCUAAAAGAUCCGUUGCUCUACCUAGAGCAGGUACGGCAGCAUCUGGGCCGUUUGCCAUCGAUCGAUCCGAAUACCCGGACGCUCCUCAUCUGCGGAUAUCCCAACGUGGGCAAAUCGAGCUUCCUCAGGAACAUCAGCCGGGCGGACGUGGAUGUGCAGCCGUACGCCUUUACCACAAAGUCCUUGUUUGUGGGGCACUGGGACUACAAGAUGCUUCGUUUCCAGGGUAUCGACACACCGGGUAUCUUGGACCAUCCGUUGGAGGAGAUGAACCCGAUUGAGAUGCAAUCGAUCACAGCAAUUGCACAUCUCCGCAGUGCUAUAAUGUACUUCAUGGACCUUAGCGAAUCUUGCGGUUAUUCUGUAGCAGCACAAGUCCAACUCUUCCACAGUAUCAAGCCCCUCUUCGCCAACAAGCUCGUCUUCGUUGUGAUCAACAAGAUCGACAUGGUCGGCCUCGACGAUGUCGACGCGGCUACCAACGAGCUGAUUCAAUCCAUGCUCAAGUCCGGCGACGUUGAGCUCCUUACGAUGUCGUGCACAACGACAGAGAACGUCAUGCACGUACGGAAUGCAGCCUGCGAUAGACUGCUGGCGGAGCGUAACGCGGAGAAGCUCAAGGCUGGAACUAACAGCUCCGGAGAGGCGACCGGCCGACUAGGCGAUCUACUUCGCCGCAUUCACGUCGCGCAGCCGAUGGGCGGUGUCACUCGCGAGCUGUUCAUCGCGGAAGGGGCGAAGAACAAGAUGAAGUAUGACAAGGACGACCCGAACAGGCCAAGGCUUGAGCGGGAUAUCGAAGAAGAGAAUGGUGGUGCUGGGGUGUACAACAUCAACCUUAGGAAGAAAUAUAUGCUCGACAACCCAGACUGGCGGGAGGACAAAGUUCCCGAGGUAUUUGACGGCAAGAAUGUCUACGACUUCAUCGACCCCGACAUCGAGUCCAAGCUAGCCGCGCUCGAAGAAGAAGAAGAGCGCCUCGACGCCGAAGGCUACUACGCCAACGCCUCCGACGACGAGCUCGACGACGCCGAGGACGCCGAGAUCCGACACAAGGCGGAGCUGAUCCGCGAAAAGCGCCAGCUCAUCCGCAACGAGGCACGCAUGCGCAAGUCGCUCAAGAACCGUGCCGUCAUCCCGCGCACCGCCAAGGCCAAGAAGCUCUCGGCCAUGGAAUCGCAUCUCGGGUCUCUUGGGUUGGACACCACUACCAUCGCGGCGAGGGCGAGGAGCCAGAGCCGUGGGCGGCCGGCUCAGCGAGGCCGCUCGGAGGCGGGGGAUGCGGAUGCAAUGGAGGUUGACACGCCGUCGGCGGCGAAUACCCCUGCGCAGAACGCGGCACUUCGCGCGAAGAGCAGGGGCAGGAGCCAGAGCACGAACAGGAGGGAGGAUGGUGUCACGAAUGAGGUGGCGAGGAGUAAGGCGGAGAGAUUGGCGAAGCUGGGCCAGAAGAAGAUGAACAGGAUGGCUAGGCAGGGUGAGGCGGAUAGGCAUGUCAGCGCGGCGUUGCCGAAGCAUUUGCUGUCUGGCAAGCGGGGCAUGGGCAAGACUAGGUCGCGGUAG